AUGUUCAACAGCAGAAAGUUUUCCAUGAACCGCAACACGGGCGUUCCGCGUCCGUCGCGGCGGUUCAGCGUUGGCGAGCCUAGCGCCCAAGAGACGUCUUCCAAGAUCCAUCGCCAAUUCCGCGCUGCCCACGAAGGGCACUUGCCCCACGCCGGUCUCGAUGCGACGAGAGCCUCCACCGGUGUCGUCUGGUGCACCGAGAGAGCCAGCGAGUAUGGCUUCCUUGAAGAGCCUGAGAAGUGGGCCAACCUGGGCCAGGGGGCCCCCGAGGUCGAGGACGACAUUGAGGGCUGUUUCCAGCGACCCAGCACCAUCGACGUCUCGACUGCCGCGAGAGAGUAUGGCCCGACGGCCGGUAUCAAGCCUCUGCGCGAGGCCGUAGCCCACAUGUACAACGAGAUGCACCGCAAGGGCAAGGAUUCCCUCUACUCGUGGGAGAACGUCGCUAUCGUGCCUGGUGGUCGUGCUGGUCUGAUCCGUAUCGCGGCUGUCCUGAACAAUGCCUACGUCGGCUUCUUCAUCCCCGACUACACGGCAUACAACGAGAUGUUGUCGCUCUUCAAGAACUUUGCUGCCAUUCCCACCCCAUUGAGCGAGGAGGACGGCUACCACAUCCACCCAGACAAGAUCGCCACCGAGAUUGCCCGUGGUACCUCCGUCAUCAUUACCUCGAACCCCAGAAACCCCACUGGUCGUGUGGUGGCCAACCCAGAGUUGGCUGAGAUCCAAGACAUUUGCAGAGGCAGAGCUACGCUCGUCAGCGAUGAGUUCUACUCGGGUUACAACUACACCAGCGACUGCGACGGCACCACCAUCUCCGCUGCCGAGAACGUGGAGGAUGUUGACGAGGAUGAUGUCCUCAUCAUUGACGGUCUGACGAAGCGAUUCCGCCUACCUGGUUGGCGAAUCGCAUGGAUCUUGGGACCCAAGGAAUUCAUCAAGGCCAUCGGCUCCUGCGGUUCUUACCUUGACGGUGGUGCCAACGCUCCUUUCCAAGAAGCUGCAGUCCCUAUGCUCGAACCUGGUCUUGUCCAGAAGGAGAUGGUUGCGCUCCAGCGACACUUCCGUGACAAGCGAGACUACGUCGUCAAGCGCCUCCGCGACAUGGGAUUUGUCAUCAAGUAUGUGCCGGACAGCACUUUCUACCUCUGGCUGAACCUCGAGGGCCUGCCUGGCCCCAUCUCAGACGGUCUCAACUUUUUCCAGGCUUGUCUUGAGGAGAAGGUCAUUGUUGUUCCUGGUAUCUUCUUUGAUCUUAACCCCUCAAGGCGUAGGGACCUGUUCGACAGCCCUUGCCAUCAUUUUGUCCGAUUCUCGUACGGUCCUAGAAUGGAAGUCCUUGAGAUGGGUUGCGAUGGUAUUGAGAGAGUGGUCCAGAAGUUCAAGAAAAUGGCCAACUAG